AUGGGUCACAUGGGAAUUGACCGUACAUUGGAUCUUGUGAGCACCAGGUUCUAUUGGCCAAAGAUGGUUAUGGACAUCGAAAGGAAAGUGAGGACAUGUGGCAGGUGCGUGCGGAGGAAAGCACGACCUGAGAGAGCUGCUCCCUUGGUCAACAUCAAUACCACCCGACCCCUUGAACUCCUCUGCAUGGACUUCCUGUCCCUGGAACCUGACAAAAGUGGGACCAAGGAUAUACUGGUGAUCACAGAUCACUUCACUAAAUUUGCGGUUGCUAUCCCAACGCCAAAUCAAAAGGCCCGCACAGUAGCGAAAUGUCUGUGGGAAAACUUCAUGGUACACUAUGGUAUUCCAGAGAAGUUGCAUAGUGACCAGGGCCCAGAUUUUGAAUCCCGCACGAUCAAGGAACUUUGUCAGGUGGCUGGUAUUCACAAGGUUAGGACAACCCCAUACCACCCGAGGGGCAACCCUGUGGAGCGAUUUAAUCGCACCCUGCUCGACAUGUUGGGCACUCUCGAAGACUCAGAUAAGGUUCGCUGGCGUGACCAUGUAAGACCCCUGGUCCACGCUUAUAAUUGCACCAGGAGUGAGGUGACUGGUUUUACCCCAUACCAACUGAUGUUUGGGCGCCAACCUCGACUGCCAGUGGAUCUUGCGUUCAAGUUGCCAGCACCAGAGGGUCAACAUUCAUCUCACUCCGAGUAUGUGCAGAACCUCAAGUCACGUCUCAAAGAGAGCUACAAGAUAGCCAUGGAUAAAGCUGCAAGGAUAGCGCAUAAGAACAAAAUGAGGUUUGACAAACAUGUGACUGCCUCAGACUUGGAAGCUGGAGAUCGGGUACUGGUUAGAAAUGUCCGUGUCCGGGGCAAGCAUAAGAUUUCAGACAAAUGGGAAUACGCUGUCCAUGUAGUGGUGAGAAGAGCAGGCACUCUCCCAGUCUACACAGUUAAACCUGAAAACAGGGAUGGCCCUCUAAGGACAUUACAUAGGGACUUGUUACUUCCAUGUGGGUAUCUGCCUGUGGAGGAAAGCCGUGACCCUGAACCAAGGCCAGUACCACAUAGGCCUGUAACCCGUGCACAUCCUGCUGUAGAGGAUGAGGAUUCCGCAGAUGAAGGAGAUGAAGUACUCAUUCCAGUUUAUUUAAGUCCUCCUGCCCCCACGGUCUGUGAGCCUGAUCUGCCUAUAACCGAUGCUCCGGAUGCUCAGCAUACUAAACCUCCAAGCAUUCGUUCUGUUGAGAGUCCAGUCAAUGCUAAGGAUGUUGAUAGUAGUUCUGAUGUUGACAACCCACCUGAAAUGUCCAACAGUACUUCAAAUGGUCCUUUGAUGUUCAUUGAGUCUGACUUUCAUCAGAGUGAUACUGAACACUUACCCAUUGAUGGGGUCACACUAGUUGAGCAAGCAGAUGAAGCAGAAUUUAAUCAAAGUGACUUACUAGAGGAUAACCAUCCAGACGUCCAAGGAGAGCAAUUCCCAGUUCUAUCAGAUAUAGCAGAUAGUGAUGAGCAGAAUGAUGGCAUCAGAGAUGCAGAACCUGAGGAGAGAAAGGAGGAAACAGAUACAAUGGAAGGAAAGGAUGGAACAGUCCUAAUGGAGAUAGAGGAAAAAACGGAUGCAAAUGAUUCUGUCAGGAGAUCUGAGAGGAACCGUCAGCCAUCGCGACGGCUUGAUUAUACUGAGUUGGGAAAACCUUUGAUCACAGCAGUGAAAUCAUUCUUUCAAGGAUUGUCCACAGCUUGGGGGGAUGUCAUAAGUGAUGGUGAAGAGGCUGCACAAUAUUCUGCCUUGCACCCUCGCAUAAUCAUCAUUUAACUGCAUACCAUGCACAGGGACGUGCAUGAGUUCAGGAGGGGAGGAUGUAGCCCAGAUGAAGAAAAAACAAACACGAUUUAAAAGAGACUAUUUGAGUUAAUUAUUUACAUUGGCAAAGUUAUAACUGUCCUAUUUUAUUUUAAUGCAUCGCUCAGUUCAUAUGACCUCAUGUGGGGAGUGCUUAGCCCUAGACAGCCAAUUAUGAGCUACGCAGGUCACGUUCAGUUGUCAGCUUGGAGGUGAAGUCCCAGCUGAGUUGUUGUUCCGGUCGCUCGGAUCUCGGGAAAAAAAAUAAUAAUAAUAAUAAAAAUAAGAGAGAGCAGCUAACUGCUAAAAGGGCGGAGAAAGGGAAAAAAAGAGAAACCCAUGAUAGCAGAGAGAUAUAAGAGCAGUAUAAUUGCUUAUUGAGAGUUCGGAGCUUAGUGACUGAACGACGGAGACGAGCUACGGCGGCUAACCACUUAGCUUUCCACCUUGUGAGCUGCUGCAAGCGCCUUAGCAUCCACGUGCUCGGACUUUGAAAUACAGAACAACGGUCAGGUUUUUUGAGAGGACGGGAAAAUUCCGAGGACCAGGACGUUAUCCUGAUUGUGUCAG